GGAACUGGAGGCGGAAUUCCCGAACGUCGGCAAAUCCUUUGUGAAGCCGUUCGGGAGCGCGAGGGCGGAGCCCCGGCGGCCGACAGACUUUGAAGUUUCCUUCUUAUUUGAGUUUAAAGGCGGGGACUUAAUCCAGGGGCGGCCUCGUAGUUUCCCACAGGGGUAAAAGGGGGCAAGAAAACUGACUUUUUCCUUUGGAGCCAGAGCUACCACCCCGGGCUCCUGCUUCUUCAAUAACCACUUGAUGGUUGUUUUUGAGGCUUAGGUUUAAAGGACUUUCAGCUGUCAGAGGCAUAAAGGCCAUGGGAGGAGUGGAGGAACAUGGAGAUAUGAAGCCAGUCAUGCUUGUCCUCUGUGAAGAUUAGCUGUUAGCCGCCUCACUGCAGUAGUCGAGGUUCAGUGAAUGCCUCAUGAGUUCAUACAGUUGUACUUCCUGGACCAGGGAGGAGCUGCUGGUUACUGUCGUGGAGACAAACACAAAUCUCUGCUCUUUGCCCGUUCCUCACUGAACAGGAUGAUUGACGUGCGAGCAUGGGCAGAGUACGUGGUGGAGUGGGCUGCCAAAGACCCCUACGGUUUCCUCACCACGGUCAUACUGGCUCUCACGCCUCUCUUCAUUGCCAGUGCGCUGCUGUCCUGGAAACUGGCCAAGAUGAUCGAGGCACGCGACCGCGAGCAGAAGAAAAAGCAGAAACGUCAGGAAAACAUAGCCAAGGCCAAAAGGACCAAGAAAGACUGA